AUGCCAAGGCGGGCGCAGACCCUGCUCACCGCCGGCUGCGUAUCUUACGCAUCACUCGUCAAGACUGCGCCAUAUGCACCAGCAAUCAAGCGCGAAUCGAAUGAAACAUUCCAGCUACUGCUGGAGCUUUCCUGCGCAGACGCGGGUGUUCGCGUGAUUGCAUCGCGGAUGAAUGAGCCGAUCAAGCAACGUUUCAGGCGCGCGGGCGAUCGAAUGAGGGGCCCGUCUUCAAGUGAGGCGCGCUCAGUUCCAAAGCAAGUCACAGAUCGAAAUACAAGAUCCGCUCCUCCUGCUUCGAACCGAUCCAUGCAGCCGUUGCAUAUGGGUCGCGUCUUUGGCAGGAAAACGGCGGCAUGUCAGUCUUGUGAUGAUGACAAGCGGUUCGCUUACAGCUUCUGCUCUGCUUGUGUGGUCGUUGAGCCAGCAGCCGCAAUCAUGCAGAAGUAUAUCGACAACGAGCUCUGCGCUGCCACCUCUGCGAACCGUACUGGCAAUUUUGAAUUGACUUUGGGAGUCGAGCAGCCUGGGAUGCGCGAAUGGAAUUUUGAGCUCACAGCAUCGAAAUGA